ACUAUCUUGCAUUUUGAUAUGAAGAGCGCUUUUUCAAACAGAGAGAAGAAGAUGCUUCGGUAAUAAUUUUCAGUAUAGUAGGUAAUCAACCGUUUUUCUGUUUAUUAUAGUUGAAGCGGUAUACAUGAUCGAGCUGGAAAAAAGUCGUCGAGCUCAUAUCAAUUCAUACAUGCAAACUGAUUGUUUGAAUAUAAUUUCAUUAAUAAAAUUUGUAUGUGAAAAGUGUUUGGUGGAUUGCGAGCGAAUUUUGUGUGAAAAAAUUUGUGAGCCAGAAAACGUCGGGAAAACAACUUUUUGUUAAAAAGAAAAUGAAUUUCGGAUUUUCGGAUAAUUAAACGAUAAGAAGACUUAAACUCAGACGAAAAGCCAAAAAUUCGCAUUUCGUUUACGAUGUGUCGACAAGUGAGCUUGAUUGUGUUGGUCGUGAUUUCUCUGAGCAGUUCUACCUUGAGCGAAAUAUCAAAAAAGCCGAAUCGCUUUUUGACUCACAUUUUCAAUAAAUACGGAAGUAAUGGAGUGAUCAAUUUUGAAGGCUUGGAGCAUUUGAUGCACAAUUUAGGCCUCGGAGAUUUGGAAUUUGAUCCAGGUCACACGGUUGAUCAACAUCGUCCGGAUGGAUUCAAAGUGCCCGACAUUGAUGUUGUUGAAGAAAGUAUACUCACGAGGCAAACUCGAAAUGACGACAACUUGAUUGAUAUAACAAUAAAUGAUGAUGCUACAAAGUCGAACGAUGGGAGAACAUCGACUGCUGACAAUAAACGUGUACCAAGCGAAACAACGACUGCGGAUUAUGAUAAUACGAUAACAUGGAAGUCUGACGAUUUCGAGGAUGCUUCCUUUGCGUCUUUGCAUAAUCCGAAACACGUCCACCAUAAACCCCAUCCUCACGAUCAUGGUGCAAUAUCUACGCUUCACAAAUCAUGCCUAUCUCCUAGUGCAAUGCUACGAAUCGUUAUUAACGAUCAACGAUCGAAUAGUGGCGGCAAUCAGCUGAACUAUCACGUUCAUCAAGAGGAGCCACAAAUGCACCACCAGCAUCGACGCUCGGCCGAUAUCGAUGAGCAUAGCCAAGAGAACGAAUCAUACGACGAAUUUGUAACAAACAUCAAAAUUACGCCGAAUAUGUUCUUGAACAUGUGUCCAGCUUUAUUGGUUCAGAUCGAACAGGGCGCAUGUUCGGAAGUUACCAAAGUGGAACUCGGAAAGGAGGAUAAAGCCUUCGCAAUGGCUUGGGUAUACGCCACGGUAUCUAUAGCUAUAAUAUCCCUUUGCGGCCUUGUUGGUAUCGCCAUAGUACCCCUAGCGAAAUCAAUAGCUUAUGAGGAAAUUUUGCGAUUCUUAAUUGCACUAGCAAUUGGUACCUUGUGCGGAGAUGCUCUGAUGCAUUUACUGCCACAUUCCCUAACACCUCACCUUGAUCAUGGAGAUGUGACUCCACUGUUUUCCGAUGGAAAUGCUGACAAUGACCCAGUUUGGCUCUGUAGUUGUGCCUUUAUGAGCGCGUUGUUUAUGUACUCAUUGGAAUUGUUGUUGCCACUUUUGAACGGUGGUAAAACUCAUUCGCAUAGUCACGGUCACGGCCAUGGUCACAGCCAUAGCAACGAGCAGCCGAAUGUGGCGAGGUAUGUUGUUCGUGAUGACGAUGCCGAAGUGGUGGAUAUGACUCCUUCAAGACCAGCUGAAGAGAAUAAAGAGUUAAACAGAAUGAUCGACGACUCGAAAAUACAGAAACGGUCGUCUUUGAGUCCGGUAGCAUUUAUGGUUGUCUUAGGCGAUGGCUUACAUAAUCUGACGGAUGGUAUGGCGAUAGGUGCCGCAUUCGGUAUGGAUCCGGUAACUGGAAUGGCAACAGCUUUUGCUGUUCUGUGCCAUGAGCUUCCGCAUGAGCUGGGCGACUUUGCGUUGCUAUUGCAGACUGGAGUUAGCAUUAAAAGGGCGAUGUUUCUGAACGUUGUGUCGUCGGUGUUAAGUGUGAUCGGAAUGAUCGUCGGACUUGUGAUAGCUGGCAUUCAUUCGGGAUUCGUACGAUGGAUUUAUGCUGGCACAGCCGGUACAUUUUUGUAUAUUGCCUUUGCGGACUUGAUGCCGGAAUUGGGCCGGAACGCCAGUGAUAAAACUUUGAAAAAUUCAAUUUUGCAAAUCAGUGGCAUACUGGCCGGUGGUGCUGUUAUGCUGGCUAUAGCGCUGUACGAAGAUCGGCUCAGGAUACUGUUUGAAUAGCGUGCCGAGUGUUCCGUUGCAUUUCAAACGUCAGUAUUUAUGUACAUUUUUAAGAAAAUAUUUUUACUCAAUGGCCUCAAUUAUACAAUAAGGAGA